AUGGAUGUUGGAGCAGCUCAAGUGUUAGCAACGGGCCAGCCUGCUGGGGCUGAAAUUGAUAUCAAAUACGCCAUCACUGGGAUUGCUGUGGGCUUCGCCAUAUCGGCCAGCUUCCUGGCCCUGAAGAUCUGCACGAUCAGGAAGCCCUUGUUUGAUAAUGAUUCCUCCGAACAGAGGAGCACUAACGUGGGCUUCAAUGACAGCAUCGAGCUAAAGAAGAGAACUCCAAGGGCUCUCACGGUGGGGGAAGAAACACGCCGAACAGCUCCCAACUGUCACCAAAUCCAUGACCCACUCAUGCAGCCUGUCUACCUUGUAGCACCUGCUCAGAUCUAUGCAAACUCUUCGAAUACAGAAAGUGGCACUUUCCCCUCGAUAUGCUUAUUAACCUUGGGGAAUGACUUCUUCCCUUUUCGUCACCAAAGUGGAUGA